AUGGCAAGACCACAUCGAUUCCCGAAUCCCGCUCUUUUCAUCUGCGAUAUCCAGGAAAAAUUUCGGCCCGCCAUCUUCGAAUAUGGCAAAGUCAUCUCCACGGCACAAAAGAUGAUUCGCGCCUGCAACACCCUCUCCAUCCCCGUCUACGCCACCACCCAAUCCGCCUCACGUCUUGGUCCAAUCUGCUCCGAACUCAACGACCCACCCCUUUACACAAUCGAUAAAACCGCCUUUUCAAUGCUCGUCCCUGAAUUGCGCUACACCCUCGCCGAACGCUCGCAGAUGCCUUACCAAAUCGCCAUUGUAGGAAUUGAGACGCAUAUAUGCGUUACGCAGACAGCGCUAGAUCUGCUGAGUGAGGGACACAGGGUGUAUGUGCUCACGGAUGGAGUGAGUAGCUGCAAUGGCGGGGAGAGGGUUGUGGCGCUGAGUCGGUUGAGGGCGGAAGGAGCGAUCGUAACGUCGAGCGAGAGCUUCCUGUAUGAGUGUAUGGGGGAUGCCAGUAUUCCCGAAUUCAAAGCGAUCGCUGGGCUGGUUAAGGAAACGAAAGAAAGCACUAGAGAUGCUGUACAGACGUUGUGUAAAAUGUAA